AUGGAAGUCCCCACGCUACCAAUACCGGGCGAGACGCCAUCGGCACAACAGCAAGCGUUUACUGGCCACUUGCAGAAAAAGAAGGCAGCCGAGGGCACCGCGGAGUGGUACUUUGACAAGACUAGCGACUGGAUGGGCGAGCACCCAUGGAUGACAGGGCUUGGUGUUCUUGGCGUCGUUUAUUUUGCCUCUGGGUUUGUCAAAUCAAAGCAGCCUGGCAUCAAUGGCAAGGCUUUUGUCAGAGGGUCUUUUGGUGCUAAGAUGAGUGCUAAGGAGGCGUUGCAGAUCUUGAACCUCAAGGAGAGUACCCUCUCGAAGGCAAAAUUGAAGGAACAACACAGAAAACUCAUGAUGGCGAACCACCCAGAUAAAGGGGGCUCGUCGUUCUUGGCCACCAAAGUCAACGAGGCCAAGGACUUUUUGGAAAAGAGAGGCGGCUUGAAGCCCAAGUAA